AUGAGUCGACCACUGAAGUUAGAUGUUCCAAAGGUUCAGGAUGGAAAUCAAGACCAGAGAUAUUCAUUCAUGGAAACGCCUGUGGAAAUGCACCCCUCAUCCCGUUAUCAACUCUAUACAUCAUCACCACCACCGCUACCUACUUCACAGCAGCCAGUAUACGAGCAAUCCACCGAAGUCGUUCAGCAUCCAACCCAAUAUGCACAAGGAAAUAUUCAACAGUCAGCUCAGUAUACACAACAGGUACAUCCGGAUCAGUAUGCAUACCAAGCUCCCUACCAAGCUCCCUACCAAGGCGAAUACAUACCCAGUGAAAAAGAGCGACAACUACAGCGGGAGGGCAUCAUUAGCUCAUAUUCCGAGUAUCCAUCACUAGACCAACAUCCCGCAAACUACGCACCUUUUGCCGAUCAAAUUGAUUGCCCUCACUCAACAACAAUCCAAUCACCACAAAGUACCAUUCAUCCACCAUAUCAUUCCAACGAGACAGACCCCCAGCCACCAAACUCUCCAGGCCCCUUACCCACGAAGACCAAUCCCGAACCUCUCAACCAAAAUGAUACGGUGACAGUAGCACCAGAUGCAAACCCGCUCCAAUCUCCUAAACUGCCCUACUUCCCACCUCCAACAGCGGCAAAGCAUGGACCACUGGAAGACUUGGGUUCAUUCCACCAACCCGGACAGAUAAUACACCCAAACCAAGAAGUCCAAGGCGGAACAUGGUAUAAUGGACUAUGCGACUUCUCCAGGAUCGGGAUCUGGCUUUUUGCUACUAUCCAGCACACACGGACACGGAAGGCGUACGGAAUUCAUGGUGAUGUUGCAUCUGAUUGUGUCCGGGCUACCUGCUGUACAUGUUGCACCCUGAUUCAAGAUGAGAAGGAGAUCAUAAAACGUGAGCAGAAGCGUAGUCGGGCGGCACUUGAGAGAGGCACUACUCUGAUCUCGCCAUAUACAGCUCCGGGGCCGAUGACAUUUGCCCCACCAUCCAACAAUUAG